CCUAUUGGCUCAGAAGCUUCCGGCUUCUUCUUGGGUGAGAAACAAGACGAAGUCAAUACCACUAUGAGUAGAUAUUAGAAUAAGACCGGGGGAAGUUUUCUCUCCGUGUACAGUUUUACCUCUUUUGCCUUCGCGUUUCGUCCCCCACUCGCCGCGUGAGAUUAACGGGGAAGCGUCCGCCUGUCGACUAAAGUGGAUUAUUUUGCUCGAAGCGGAUUGCAGCCAUGAUGGCGUCAAGCUACAACGCUAAGGAAGAGGACGGACACCCGUCGGGUGCUUCGAGUCACGGCGGCCCCGGGGCUGUGAAAAGUAAAAAGCCGGACAACACAGCGUUCAAACAGCAGAGACUGCCCGCCUGGCAGCCCAUCCUGACAGCAGGCACCGUGCUGCCCGCUUUCUUCGUCAUCGGUCUCAUUUUCAUCCCCAUUGGCAUCGGCCUGUAUGUGACAUCAAACAACAUCAAAGAGUUCGAGAUUGAUUACACCGGUGUGGACAUUGACAGUCCAUGCUACACCUGUGCUAAGAACGUCAGCUGGAACAGCACAACGCCGUGCGUCUGCUCCAUGGACUUCACAUUACAGCAGCCAUUUGAGAGCAACGUCUUUAUGUACUACGGCUUAUCCAACUUCUAUCAGAACCACCGACGCUACGUGAAGUCCAGAGAUGACAGCCAGUUGAACGGUGACGCAUCGGCUUUGCGGAACCCCAGCAAGGAGUGUGAGCCGUACCGGUCAAGUGAAGGACUUCCUAUUGCUCCAUGUGGGGCAAUAGCUAACAGCCUUUUCAAUGACACUCUGGAGCUCUAUCUUAAUAAUCCCAAUGGCAGCAGAAUUACAAUUCCGCUGGUAAAGAAGGGAAUAGCGUGGUGGACGGACAAGCACGUGAAGUUCAGGAAUCCUGGUGGAAACACCAACCUUACUGUGGCUUUCCAAGGCACAGCUAAACCGGUGAACUGGAGGAAGCCAGUGUACGAGUUGGACCCGUCAGAUCCUGAGAACAACGGCUUCAUCAAUGAGGACUUCAUUGUGUGGAUGCGCACCGCAGCAUUGCCCACCUUUCGGAAGCUCUAUCGCAUCAUCCAGAAGAAAUCCAGCACCACCCCAACUUUACCCAGUGGAAAAUACACCUUGGAAAUCACUUACAAUUACCCUGUGCUCAGCUUUGAUGGUCGCAAGCGAAUGAUCCUGAGCACCAUUUCCUGGAUGGGAGGAAAGAACCCCUUCCUGGGCAUCGCCUACAUCACCGUGGGCUCCAUCUGCUUCUUCCUGGGUGUGGUCCUUCUCAUCAUCCACCAUAAAUAUGACACCCGCAACAACAGUGCUGAUAUUCCAAACUAAACGUUUCUUGCAUCAGGAGCUCCGCUUUCUGCAUGCAUGGGUGACCCUGUAAGGGUCUGGACUGCUUGUUGAUUUUAGCUUGAAUACACUGUAAAUGUCUUCUGUGUAACGGCAGUUCUGUCUGAAGUGUCUCAUCAAAGCUAUGUCUGUGUGUAGGGCAUCUGUGUGUCUCUUUGCAUUUACUGAGAAUGUCAUUUCCUGUCUUUGGAUUUUUUUUUUUUAUCUUCUAUUUAUCUAUACAGUAUCAAAGUGUUUUGUUUUAGCAGUGCUUUGCGAAUGGCUUAAUUAUUGAACGACGUAUGCAAUUUUAAUGCAACUUAUUUUUUCUCCAUAUUAUGUGCUGUAAACUGUCCUGCUGAUGAAUGUACCAUAUUUCACUGACAUACCUCUGUGUUUUUGAGAUUACCUUGAAUAUAGAAUUGGAUAAUCAUCACUAGUUUGCUGUUAAUUAUGGUAAGCAUUGAUGUUAAGCAAGAAGUAUUUAAUCCUUGGAGAAUCAUUGAAUAUUUAUGACAAGUAGCACCAAAAGCAUGGUUAUCGUCUGUUAUUUGGCAUACUUGACCUUGAGCUUCUUAAAUUACAAUAUCUAUGAAGUUUGGAACAUUAUACAAUGCAGCUAUAUCCAGUAUUCCUAAUUUCAAGAGGGCAGUGUCUCUGGAUGAAUAGAGCACAAUAAUACUUUAUUUUUGAAAACGGUGGCCAGAGUGUUAAAUUAUAUUUCAUCAUCGAUGUUGACCUAAUGAUAUGCACUUUAAACGUGUAACAUCUGUUAGAUCUCUCCCAUGUUUCACCUCAUCUUUGGUUCCAAUUCUGCGUUCUUGAUUUAUUAUUAAUGAAAAAACGAUUGAAAUUUAAAUUCGUGUUUUUUUAUAUGAGGUUUGUAGGGUCCAAUUAAAGAACCUGGUCGAUG